CCGCCUAAAUGUCGGCCAGGCGACAGCACGUUCCGUCUCUGCCCAUUUUUCUCCGCGCGUGCACCCAGGCCACCCGCGCGGUGGCGUCCAUACUGCCUCUCCUCGGACCCACAUGGGCCUGCUGCGCCCCACGCCUGCUGCCUGCACUGCACCGCAGCCGAACCUACCACCACACACGUACAAACGUCGCAUUUGGGGCACCUGCCUCCUCCGAACACGCGCGGGCUUUCAUUACGCGGGGGCGCGGCUCAGGCUAGGCGCGGGUCCAGCGUGCAUUCAAACAGAAAAGACAUCUACUUCCCCGGCUAUUCACGACACUUUCUCGGCUUGUUGAUUGACACCCCAACAGUGCUUCCUACUCCCCGCCGGAGGAUGCCCGCCCCAGCCAUAGGAGGUGGCUGACCCCUUGCGCCCGCGCAUGUUCUACCUUUACCACAGCACGCACGUUAUCCCCUAACCAUGCAUUCAUCCCUUUACGGUGCCUGCUUCGCUCCAACGCCCUCGACAUCAACAUACGUCCUCGGUAUCACCGCGGCGCUUGCAGACGUCCUUCUACGGCGACUUAUGCUGACCUCGACUUCCUCCCGCAUGGAGAUUCACAGCAGGACCAGAGCGACGGCGGUAGAAGGCGCCGUCCAACGUGUCGCCGCCACCCGGUCCGCGAUGGUGCAGACGGAACAGUGCGUGGACGCGGCGCGCAUGGGGGGUUUCAGCGGGUGAGUCACCGAUCGGCUUCAGCGCGAGGGGGCGUUCCUAACCACCAGAGCGAACGCACUGCUGGCCAGGCACGGUGCUCUCUGUGCCGACCACAGACCGCCGACGGGAUGCUUACCCUCUUAAUGGCUCGGCCACGGCGACACUGUCCAAUCCGUGCGCGGCUGGGCAGCGGGCUGUGGUCGGCAUCGUGCCUCGAACGAGCGGGAGGGGGUCCGUCCUACGAGUAUUUUGUGGCCACCCGACCUAGUAAUGCCACUCACGGAACCAUCUAUCCCCUAAAGCU